GUUUGCCAAAACCGCGAGGUCGUGGAUCAGUUCGUGGUGUCUGCGAACGUGCAGCCGACGACGAUAGACGAGCAGUGCCUGCAAGGGAUUCCCAAGGACUUGUUAAACGAUGUCAUCAAGCUCAAGUUUGGCAGCGGUUUCGAGGGUUUGUCCGAGUUGAUUGGCGUGGCGGCAGCAACGGUGCAGCAGCAGCCGACAACAAGGCUGAAGCCAGCAGUGUCGUCGGCCGCUAUAAUGAGCAGCGAGCAGCCAUCCAUGGCCGAGUCAGUGGAUAGCAUGUGCUUCUUUAAUCAGAACAUCAUGGGUCCCAACCAAGUUACAACUACCACCAACGACGCCGACAUCGAUCACAUUUCCCAGCAGGUCGCCAAAGAGCAACCCAUCGACGACGAUCCAGAAGACAAAGAACAGAUUGAAGACGAGCGAAGCCUUGAGCAAAUCAUGGGCUUUGCUAGCGACAUCAAUGUCCAACCUGGUGAUAUUAGUCAGAAUGUCGAAGAUAUUCUACAAGUGAUAAAGUCGAUGGAGAGUGCGGCAGAAACGGGUGAAAGCAUAGGCAGCGAUCAUCGAUUAUCAGGCGGUUGUGGCGGGUUGGUGGAAGCAGGAUCCACCCAGUCGACAGUGGAGGGAGUUUCGGAAAUAUUUCCGGAUGGCGAGGCAUUUGCCUUGAACCUCCUCAACGAUAUGGAUGUGAUGAAUUUGGUGAACGACAAUAUCGCGGAUAGUGUAGUAGCCGAUCAACCUUCGUCGCAGCCACUUCGACAAACGCCCACUAAAUAUACUGAAUUGGCAAAACGGCAAGCUCAAAUCGAAAGGCGACAACACGACCUGGAGCGACGAGCUUCAUUUCUUACACGUCGGCUAUUAAAGCUUAAAGCUCAACUGGUCGGCGAGCACGUAGCCGAGGAGGCAACCCACGUACUUGAACUAGCGCAAAAGAGCGCAAAAAAGUGUUUUUAUCAAGACUUGGCAAGCCUUGGCCCAAAAGCUGGUAAUACAAGAAACUUUCCCGAGCUUGCUGGUAGCCUCGGCAGCUUUCUGCAAAAAGUUCAGAAGAGCUGCAAUGCCCAAAGCAACAGUAUGGCCGUACGGCAGAGGAACACGUGUCGUUACUUCGGUGCCGGUUCCAAGGAUAGUUACGUCAAUAUUACGGCAAAUAAGAUACCCGUAUUUGGAGUGCCGCAGAUCAAACUCGACGGUGAGCAGGUGGAAAAAGUUGCUGGACCACUUGCCACCAAACUUAAAUUUCUGCAGAGUGCGUAUGAUUCCGAUUGCACGGCGUCGAGUAGUGGCGGCGAGAGUUGCGACGAAAUGCAGACUUUUAAUAAUCUUCAUCAGCAGUCGUUAUCAAUUUCAAAGCGAGCAGGCUGGCGAUACGCGCAGGAACGUGCGAGCCUCGUAUCACGGUGGACUUGGUUACAAGCUCAAAUCUCGGAUCUGGAGUAUAAAAUCCGCCAGUAUAACGAGCUACAACGACAGAUUCGUGCAACCAAGGGUAUGGUAAUCCUAGAUGCAUCACCACUGCCACCAACUACCGCAGCUGCCGACUCGUCUACGGUCAAUGGUUAUAGCGGCGCCUUGCCAGGAUCACGUGCGAAUUGCUCUACCACUUCGCCAGAUACACCACCACCUAAUUAUCCCGCCAGUCGUACGAGACCUUAUAUCAGGCAAUUGUACAGAAAGCGCAAGCUCUUCCAACUAGACCGCUUGCACGAAGUCUCGAAGAAAGCUGCCAGACCUGCUACCGCGAGAUGUAGUUGUGAUGGUACUAUGGCCCCAUGUGCUGUAUGUACUGGCAGAAAGGAACCUACGGGCAGUCAAAUCGAUAUGGAUCUGCUCAGUGUACCAGAUAGAAUCGCUAUGGUCGAUCCUGGCUUUCAUCCCGUACUAUCUUUGCUCGACGAAGUGCCCCAUACCGUACACAUAGAUGCAAUCCUGCGAUCUCCCGAAUGGCAACAAAAAAUAUUGAGGGGAGGCAUGAGAAUGGUAAAAAUAAAGGAUAAGGAUAGUAACGAGAGGAGAAACAAGAAAGUCUCCGAACAACGUGUCAAAUAUCCGACGCAGGCUACAAAUUCCAAGAAAUCUCAGUCUAUUUCGAUGGGUGCAAGGAUAAAACGCAAGGCCCUAAAAGGUAAACGCAGCCAAGGUACGGGUGAACGGGCUAAUCAUGGUCUAAGCAGUGGAGGCGGGAGUAGCCGGAAACGUAAUACCGGAGGUUCGAAAGUACCGUCAACACAUCAACAACAACAGCAGCAAUCAACUACGCAGUCGGGUUUUGACGACGAGGAAGAGGCGAGUGUACUUUCGGGCUCCAGCAAGUAUUCUUCGCCAGUGCCUUCUCCCUUACUGCCAAAUCAGACGGCACAAGUGCCCGAGAAGAGCGCCAUUAAGGAAAGGCCCAAUAGUCAUUCUCAUAGUCGUAUCCGGCAAAAUUCGUACGACAUCGACAAUAUUGUCAUACCCUAUAGUGUUGCUGCGUCGGCGAGACUGGAAAAGCUGCCUUACAAGGAAAUUCUUAUACCAAAGUGGAGGCUAUGCGAAGAUCCUCUAAAUACGGACGUGAAGAAUGGUGCUGUGCAAAAACCUGGUUUAGACAACGAUUUUGAAGACAUUUCUGAUGAAACGACUGCACUAAGACAUGAAAGAGGCGGCAUAGAAGAAGCAAAACGAUACGAGAAAAAUUCGAAGCUACCUCAUCAUUCGCGAAUUCGACACAGUCGACGAAUGGAAAGUCGAACAGAUAGCGGUGCCAAUACACCAGAUCCAAUGUCGCCUCACGCAAGUGAUUUUGGCGGAGACACAAUGUCGCCGAUCACUUCGCCGCCGGCAACACCCUCGACACCUCAAGAUACGGAACACUCAGAAACAUACCAUCGACAAACCUCUUUGCAAAACGCUCUUCGACGAAGAACAAUGUCUUCAUCGACGUCUCGUUUACAGAGAGAAGAGUCAAACACUUCAGUUACAGAGGAGCAUGAGCAAGUCUUACCUUAUGAACCAAGAUCUUUCCCUCUGACUGAUGAAGAUUACAGCAAGAUGAUGGAGGCAAUGCCAAGUGGAUACUUCCUACCAUCAACAGCCCCUUCUGUAUGCUCUCAAGAGGAAGAAAAAAUAGAUGAACCAGACGUAGAUUCACAAUCUGAUUCAACGGAGUCAGCGAUGUGCGAAAUGGAAGGAGAGGAUCCUAACGAUCCAGAGUGGACGGUAGCCGAAACGAGAGACACAGAAAAAGAGCGAAUCCGAUCUACGGCUAAAAGAUAGGAAGAGCUCGUAGGCAACUCCAAUAAUUUUGGGCGUAUGUCGAUUUUAAUGGCGCGUGUCGGUUCACCUAUACGGUUGAAGCUACCUGUCAAUUGUUAUGCAUACCUGUCAAUGACAACAUUGCACCUUGUGUAAAAGUAUGAUCCAAGCUGUAAAGUGUAUUAUAAUUAUAAAUUUUGUAAUUUCACCGACGUUUGCGCUUUAAUAGCUUUAUCUUUAAAGACGAUUCAUAAUGAAAAAUCUGCUCAAAUAGCUUUUUUGUAUAAAAGAAGAGAAAAAAGGGAAUCUUAAAUAAUGAUGCGUCAGAAGGUUUAGAACCGAUAAAUAAAAAGAGGUUUUAAGACAGGGAGGAUGUAUUUAUACUUAAUUUCUAGUAGAUUAGUAACUUGAACUUUAACUACGAGAGUCGCAACAAACAAUAAAAGUGCCAAUUCUAACCUCUGUACUGUCGUACUUUUUUUCUUUUGAAUUCUUAUGAAUAUCAAAUUUUUUAAAUGGAAUUCUUUUAUAAAGAAAACAUUUGAAUACCUACAGUUUAACCAAAUAAUAAACUGUUUUCAGGAUGAAUUUGCUUUUUCGAUUUGUUUUCAGUUCAUACUGAUUGGGUGAUCGUAGAAAGAUUUUAAUUGUAAUAAUUUAUUUUUUUAACUUCAAACAUUUUUAAAGAAAAAUAAUAA